AUGGACACUGCUGAGCGAGGAGCGAUACGCGACGAGAAAGAUGCACGGUUAAGAGAUGGGCAGGCUGGCGAUGUUGAGAAGGGUGGUGUUAACGGUGGUGCUGGUGAUGGAGAGGAUAUGAUGGGCAAUAACCCAUCCACACAAAAAGAACUUCCUCCUCUGAAAGGUCUCUCGUUCCUCGACCGCUUCCUAGUUGUAUGGAUCAUUCUCGCCAUGGGCAUCGGUAUCGCGCUGGGGAACACGGUUGACUCCGUGGGUCCAGCGUUGCAGAGAGGAGAGUUCGUGGGCGUCAGUAUACCCAUUGCAAUUGGCCUCUUAGUAAUGAUGUACCCCAUUCUCUGCAAAGUCCGCUUCGAAACGCUCCACCUCCUCCUCAAGAAACGCGAUCUCUGGAUCCAAAUCGCCGUCUCCUUCGUUCUCAACUGGAUCAUCGCCCCCCUCUUCAUGGUGGGAUUAGCAUGGGCCUUCCUACCCGACCGCCAGGACCUACGUGAAGGACUCAUCUUCGUGGGCAUUGCGCGCUGCAUUGCCAUGGUACUCAUCUGGACGGAUCUUGCGGGCGGCGACGGCGACUACUGCGCUGUUCUCGUGGCGUUUAACUCGAUACUGCAGAUUGUGCUGUUUGCGCCCUUUGCGGUGUUUUAUAUCCAAGUGGUCAGUCAUGGCGACAAGACGGAUAUCUCAUAUGAGAAGGUUGCGCAGAGUGUGGGCGUCUUCUUGGGGAUACCACUUGGUGCUGCUGUGAUUACGAGGUUGGCAUUGAGGUCGAUGCUGGGAGAGGACCGCUAUCAACGCAGGUUCAUACGCUAUAUCGCGCCGUUUUCGCUCAUCGGCCUGAUUUACACGAUCAUCGUCCUCUUUGCUAGUCAGGGCGCGCAUGUUGUUAGGCAGAUUACGGAUGUGCUGAGGGUUUGCGCGCCCCUCCUGGUCUACUUCAUCGUCAUCUUUACGAGUACGGUUUGGUUCUGCUGGAAGAUGGGGUUCAGCUACAAGGUUAGCUGCACGCAGAGCUUUACUGCUGCAAGCAACAACUUUGAGCUUGCUAUCGCGGUUGUCGUCGCGGUCUACGGCGCGGGUAGCGGGCAGGCUCUGGCAAGUACGGUGGGCCCCUUGAUCGAGGUUCCUGUACUUGUGCUGUUGGUGUAUGUCCUGAAGUGGAUACGAAAGAGAUGGCAAUGGGUCUAG